UACACUGCCCGCGUUACCACACACCCAUAAAGCGACAUCAGCCGUCUCCGGGCGGAAAGGGGUGGAGGCUGACCCUCGCCCUUCCCUCCAGCGCCGGCUUCAGGUGUGCCUUCUGCUACCUCCCGGACUGCGAACGGGGGCCCUCCGAGCUCCGGGAGCCCCUGGAAGAGGAAGACUCCUCUCACCCCACUAGGUAUCAUCCGCUCUCUCCCGCUUUCCACCUGCGCCCUCGCUUGGGCCAAUCUCUGCCGCACGUGUCCAUCCCUGAACUGCACGCUAUUCUCCACCCCCGGGGGGCUCCUGCGCACCGAAAGCCCGUUCUCCCCGGCAGGUUGUGGGAUCGGGCGACGGCUGACCGCGCGCCGCCCCCACGCCCGGUUCCACGAUGCUGCAAUACAGAAAGUUUACGUCGGCCCCAACCCGCGCGGGACUGCAGGGUCCGCCGGAGCGCGGCGCAGAGGCUUUUCCUGCGCGUUCGGCCGCUGGAAAGGGGCGGGAGGGCUGGCUCCGGGAGCGCACGGGCGCGGCGGGCAGGGUACUCACUGUGAAGCACGCUGCGCCCAUGGAUCAUGUCUGUGCGUUACACCAGAGGCUCCGGGCUCCACUAAUUCCAUUUAGAGACGGGAAGACUUCCAGUGGCGGGGGGAGGACAGGGUCGAGAGGUGUUAAAGACGCAAAGCAAGAACGAAAUAAAGGGGGCCCGAGAGGGAGAUCAAAAGGAAGGGGGAGCUCCGAGCCCACGCUGCAGCCAGAUCCGGAUGAGUCCGUCCUCCGCCCCGGGCGGGCUCUCGCUCUCGCUGGCCCUCAGCGCCGCGCAGCCAGCAGCAUCCCCACCGUGACGCUCGCAUCACACCCGGGCGCCGGCCGCCACCAUCCGCGCCGCCGCCGUCAGGACCCUCCUCCCGGGCAUCGUCGCCGCCGCAGGGUCGGGAGGACGCGGCGCGAGGCAGGCGGCGAGCGCGGGGCGAGCCCCGGGACGCCCCCGAGCCGGGGCCGGGGAGCGGGCGCAGCGAGGUGGGGGCCAGUCCAGACCGACGGCAGCGACGGAGCGGGCGGCGGCGGCGGCAGGGAUGGCUCAGUCCCCAGUCUCAGACGCGCCGCGCAGCAGGUCGGAGCAGCCUCCCCGGGAGGAUGUCCAGCGGCAGCGCUCCUCGCUCCAGCCCUUGGGGAUCUUCCGCUGAGGCAUUGAAGGCAGGAGGAAGGGGUCCGUCAUCGGCUCGCCGGGCUGCGCGCCACCUCUGCGAUCUUGCGGAAAGAGGAGCGGGCGGGUGGGCGUCUGGGAGGCGGGCUGGAGGGCGGUGCAGGGGAGCGGGGUGGCGGGGAGGGGGGGCGGGGAAGGGAGGGAGGAGGAAGGAGCCGGAAGAGGGCAGAGUUACCAAAUGGGCGCCUUAGUCAUGGCUUGGGGCUCCGCGACCCUCCUGGAAGCCCGGAGCCUGGGUGGGAUAGCGACGCUGCGCGCAGCCGGCGCCCCGGGGCUGGUGCGCGGCGGAAUGGGGCCGCGGCGGCGGCGGCAAGGACAUCCCAACCGAGCGGAUCUGGGGGAGGGGCGGGGAGGGGGUGAGGACCCGGCUGGGAUCCGCGGCUUGGCCCGCCAGGGCGCAGAGAGAGGAUGCAGCCGCAAAUCCCGAGCCGGAUCCUCGUGCCGGACGGAAGGCGUGGAAGCUGGAGGGGCCUUCGUGUGAAAAUCCCUUGUGGGGUUUGGUGUUUCACUUUUUUAAAGGUUAGACCUUGCGGGCUCUGUGCCUCCCACCCCUUGUUUUCCAUCCGCGCAAAGGAACUGGGCGCCCCCCCGCUUCUCUCCCCGGGACGCAGGUUUCGCCGCGGACUCCGCGCUCAGCUUGGGAGACACGGCAGGGGCGCGCCCCAGGGAAAGGCGGCGGUAAAAGUUUCGCGGCUGAGCACCGGGCCUGAUGCCGAGUGCCCCCCACCAAAUUGCUCCUGCAAAGACGCGGGCUUCUUGCAAUUAACCCCCCCACUUCGAGGUGUUUAAAACCACCCCAAGGCACACACGGACCCCCGUUCCCUCGCGCCACUUCCCCCUGCAGGCGCGCGCGGCGCGUUAAAGUCUGAGAGACAAGAGUUGCGAGGAAACAGCACCGGAAGAGCCCGGGCUUGUACAAUGCGAAUCAAUGAAUACGAAAUAACUGCAACCGCCAGGCAGCUCCGGGAAGGGCUGGAGCGUGCGGGGGUGCGGGGAGUCCCUCCCUGGGCGCCGCAACGGCACCUCCUCCCUUUCCCGGCUCCGUCCCGCCCUCCCUCCUCGGCCUCUGCGGACGCGGCCCACGCAGACCACAGCAGAGCUCGCCGGACCCCGGUACUAUGGAGGCCAUCCCGUCCGGUCACGCACACCCGCGCCGCGGCUGGGGCUCGGGUUGGUGACUGUGGCGGCGAAGAAGCCGUGGCUGGAGUGUAGUGAUGUGAUCAUAGCUCACCGCUUCUGCCUUCCUAAUAGCUGAGACUACAGGCAUAUGACUCAGGAUUCUUAACUACAUAUACAUGGAUAGAAGUGCAUGAACAGAAAAUCUGCUCUUCUGGAAUACCAAAUGCAAAAUUAAAGUCACUACAAGCAGAAUUUGGAGAAAACAAAUAAAAGAUGCAAUGCAGUUUUUAAAAUCAUUGUUAAAAUAUAAUGAGCCUGUACUUUGCUUAAACAAUAAAAACGUCUUUGAUUUAUA